AUGGAGGCAGCUGGAUCCAGGGCUGACAGUGAUGAAGUGUCUCUGUGCGUGGGACAGCUGACCUUCAGGGAUGUGGCCAUACAAUUCUCUGAGGAGGAGUGGGGACAUCUGACCCACUCUCAGCAGCAACUGUACAGGGAUGUGAUGUUGGAGAAUUACGGACACCUCCUCUUCUUGGGUCUCACUGUGUCAAAGCCAGACCUGAUUAUGUUUUUGGAGCAAGACAACUGGCUCUGGGAUGUGAAGAGGAAGGAGAACAUAGGCUUCCAUCCAGUGUGCAUCUUGGGUAUCUUCCAGACCUUCACAGUUGGCCCUAUGGCCAAUGGUUGGAAUAUUUUUAAAGUCAGACCUUCCAGGUACAUUGACUUUGGGAUUUACCCUGCAUGUGACUGUACAGCAGCACCAGCUGUAUCUUCACAUGAGACCCAGAGUUUCCUGCUGGAGUGUAGCAUAGAACGUUCUUUCCAGAAUGGGUCAACGCACAGAUACAAAGAUAGUCCUGUUGAGAUUUUAUACUUAUGCACAGACUGGGACAAUGAUGGGGAGAGGGAAGUGCCUCAAAGAAAUCCUGGACGAUAUACCCAAACCAAGGAAAUGGCCCUUAAUGAGAAUGUCACUGCCCUAAAUGGUGAAGGAUAUAAACCAGUGCAGAAAACCUCCCUUUUUAAGUCAACUAUUUGUACAGAGCAGUGUGUUUCUGUCAGCACAACCUCCAAUCAGAUAGUCAACCAUAGCGAUUUGUCAACAGACCACUUGGAACAUCUGGAAAGUAACCUAGUCCAUGCUGAGAGUAAUGAUUUGAGCCAUUUGGAAAAUAGGAUUGGUCUGACUUUAAAUCAGAGAUUUAGAAAUGAAGAACAAAAUCCUCAGUGGGAUGCAUAUGAGAGGGACUUCACUGAGGAGUCGACCCUACAGUAUGACCAGAGGCUUUUCACUGGAGACAGAAUUACUCAAUGCACUGAAUCUGAGAAAAUACUGAAACAGGGCUCCUGUGUUCAUAGAUGUGUCAUUGCUAGGUUUGCAGAGAACCAUUAUGAAUGUGAUAAAUGUGGGGAAGGCUUUAAACCAUGCUCUAACUUCAGUAUACAUAAUGGUCACCGUUUGGGAGACAGUCUUCAUAAAAAUAAUGAAUGUGGGAAAGCUCAUAACCAGUCCUCCAGUGUUGCUGAUUAUCACAAAAUUCAUGAGGGAAAAAGCCCAUUCACAUCUAAUAAACCAGGGACCAUGUUUAGUCAGUCAUCCAGCCUAAACAUCAAUGAGAUAAUUCCUCAGGGAGAGAAAACUUACAUCUUUAAGGAAUGUGGUAAAUCCUUUGACUGCCACUCAACACUAUCUCAACAUCAGCGAAUGCAUACUGGAGAAAAAGUAUACAAAUGCGAAGAAGGUGGUCAAAGCGUUAAGGACUGUUCAUCUUUAAAUGGACAUUCGCAGAUAUAUUCUGGAGAGAAACCCUGCAAAUGUCAAGAAUGUAGCAAGACUUUUAACAAUCACUCAAGUCUUAAUAGACAGCACCAAAUUGAUAUUGAAGGGAAAAAUUACAACUGUAAUGAAUGUGCCAAAGCCUUUACAUCAUGCUCAAAACUUAUUCAACAUCAGCGAAUUCAUAGUGGAGAUAAACCUUACCAGUGUCAACAAUGUGGCAAGAGGUUUAACCACAGCUCAACCCUUACUCGACAUCACAGAAUUCAUACUGGAGAGAAACCUUACCAAUGUCAAGAAUGUGGCAAGGCCUUUAUCCGCAACUCAAACCUUAUACAACAUCACAGAAUUCAUACAGGACAGAAACCUUACCAAUGUCAGGAAUGUGGCAAGGCCUUUACCAGGAGGUCAGAUCUUUCUCAGCAUCACAAAAUUCAUACUGGACAGAAACCUUUCCAAUGUCAGGAAUGUGGCAAGGCCUUUACCAGGAGGUCAGAUCUUUCUCAGCAUCAGAAAAUUCAUACUGGACAGAAACCUUACCAAUGUCAGGAAUGUGGCAAUGCCUUUACCAGGAGGGCAAGUCUUUCUAGGCAUCAGAAAACUCAUAGUGAAGAGAAACCUUACCAAUGUCAGGAAUGUGGCAAUGCCUUUAACUGGAGGUCAGGUCUUGCUAACCAUAAGAGAGUUCAUUGUGGAGAAAAAUCUUACCAAUGUGAAGAAUGUGGCAAGUCCUUUAAGGACAGCCCAACUCUUAUUGAACAUUACAGAAGUCAUACUGGAGAGAAACCUUACCAAUGUCAAAAAUGUGGCAAAAGCUUUAACUGGAGGUCAUCCCUUAUUCAACAUCACAGAAGUCAUACUGGAGAGAAACCUUACCAAUGUCACAAAUGUGACAAGAGCUUUAACUGGAGCUCAGACCUUAUUCGACAUCACAGAAUUCAUACUGGAGAGAAACCUUACAAAUGUCAUGAAUGUGGUAAGGCCUAUGCCGUCUGUUCACUACUUACUAGACAUCAAAAAAUUCAUAACGGAGAGAAACCUUACCAAUGUCAAGAAUGUGGCAAGGCCUUUAUCCACAACUCAAACCUUAUACAACAUCACAAAAUUCAUACUGGACAGAAACCUUACCAAUGUCAGGAAUGUGGCAAGGCCUUUACCAGGAGCUCAUAUCUUUCUCAGCAUCACAAAAUUCAUACUGGACAGAAACCUUACCAAUGUCAGGAAUGUGGCAAGGCCUUUACCAGGAGGUCAGAUCUAUCUCAGCAUCAGAUAAUUCAUACUGGACAGAAACCUUACCAAUGUCAGGAAUGUGGCAAUGCCUUUACCAGGAGUUCAAAUCUUUCUCGGCAUCAGAAAACUCAUAGUGCCGAGAAACCUUAUCAAUGUCACUAAUGUGGUAAUGCCUUUAACUGGAGGUCAGGUCUUGCUAAGCAUAAGAGAGUUCAUUGUGGAGAAAAAUCUUACCAAUGUGAAGAAUACUGUGGCAAGGCCUUUAACCACAACUCAGGCCUUACUCAACAUUACAGAAUUCAUAUUGGAGAGAAAACUUACCAAUGUCAAGUGUGUGGCAAAGCCUUUAUAAACAGCUCAACACUUACUCGACAACACAGGAUUUAUACUGGAGAGAAACCUUACCAAAGUCAAGAAUGUUGUUAG